AUGACAGUGAGGAUUCAAUUCAAGAAAUACCACAAGGCUCGCAAUCUUCUUGCCAUAAAGAUAAAGCAAAAAAAGUUCAACCGCCAACAAAAAAAGAGAAGACUUUCAUCUAGAGUUUGGUCGCACUUUAGUAUGCUUCCUCGAAAUUCAGAUGGGAAACUCGAAUGCAAAUGCAACAAGUGUGGGGCUAAGUAUGUAGCUGAUAGCAAAAGUGGUACAGGUAAUUUACACCGUCAUAUUAAAAAAUGUGUGAGAAUGACUACAAAAGAGAUUGGGCAGUACAUAAUUGCUACGGAUGAAGGUUCGUGCUUAACCACAAGAACAAUCUUUAAUCAAGAUAAAUUUAGGGAGUUAGUGGUGCAUUCAAUUUUGAGACAUGAUUUGUCGUUUUCUUUUGUUGAAUAUGAAGGAAUGUGGAAUAUCUUUAAGUACUUGGAACCGAGAGUUUGCCAUUUCUCCAGAAACACUGUAAAGUUUGACAUUAAGAAGAUUUAUGGUGUUGAAUUUGGUAGACUGCAUACUGAGUUACUUGCAUGCCCUGGUAGAAUAUGUUUAACCUCUGAUGCAUGGACUUCUAUUGCGACUGAUGGGUACUUGAGUUUGACUGCACAUUAUGUAAAUAAGAAUUGGGUGUUGCAAAAAAGAAUUUUGAAUUUUUCCUAUAUUCCUCCUCCACAUACAGGAGUUGCUUUGGCUGAAAAGAUUUAUAGUUUGGCUUGUGAUUGGGGUAUUGAAAAGAAGUUGUUUUCUAUCACUUUGGAUAAUGCUAGCGCGAAUGAUGUUUGUGUUGAAAUACUUAAAACUCAGCUUAGAUUAAAGAAUGCUUUGAUCUUUGAUGGCAUUUUGUUUUAUGUUCGAUGUUGUGCACAUAUUCUCAAUUUGAUUGUACAAGAUGGUUUGAAAGAGAUUGACAUUGUCGUGGAUAAGAUUAGAGAAUCUAUGAAAUAUGUUAAGGGUUCUCAAGGAAGAAAGGAAAAGUUCAAGAAUUGUGUUUUCCAAACUUCUCUAGAUUCUAAAAGAGCAUUAAUGCAAGAUGUUCCGACUAGAUGGAAUUCUACAUAUAGGAUGCUUUCUAGUGCUCUUUUCUAUCAUCUUGCUUUUUGCCAUCUUCAAUUGAGUGAUUCUAAUUUUCAAAGUUGUCCAACUGCAAAAGAGUGGGAUAGAGUUAAAAAAAAAUGUAGAUUUCUUGAAGUUUUUCAUAAUGCAACUGUGGACUUUUCUGGAUCUCGUUAUCCAACAUCAAACUUGUACUUUCCUCAUGUCUUUGUAAUUCAGUUAAAGUUACAUGAAGAGUCAUCUAGUCAGGAUUUGUAUAUGAAGAAGAUAACUGAUCAAAUGUUUGUCAAAUUCAACAAAUAUUGGUGUGAAUUCAAUAUUUUAUUUGUCAUUGCUGUGAAAUUUGAUCCUCUGUACAAGUUUUAG